CUCUAUCUAUCUGUUUUCAAACAAUAUUCAAAAUUAGUUUCAUUUUACAGCUCUUCAUUGCAACUUUUAAUGUCUUUAACAUUUUAAUUCCUUGUGCUCAAGUAAAUUGUUAAUUUAAGAUUCGAGGAAGUCGUUAUUGUCAAAUUCCACUUCGAUGAUUAGAACAUUUUCCCAACUAUCGAGAACAUGAAGCUGGAUUUAACGAUUAGUGAAACGGAAGACAAACUUUUCCGAAUAUUGUAUUCCGACGUAAGAAGGCGUAUUCUUCGUGAAGUCAACGCUGCCAAUAUGUCCCCUUCCCUUAUAGAAUGCCUUCUGAUACUAUAUUUUAAAUUCCUUGUGGCAAAUGGGCACCGUUUUAAAUAUAUGACCGGGAAACAACUAGCGAACUUAUACCAUAUCUAUUUCAACAUGCCAGAUUUUGAUUUUAUUGAGGAAAUUAUUAGUUAUAUUAACCCGACUGUAAGGAACGGCCUAUCGGCUGAAGGAUUUAUCAAAUUAGUCGAGAUCUGGGCGUUCAGCAAUUUGGAGCAAAAGAUGAAAUUUUGCUUUGCGAUUUACACCUAUAGAGAUCCAAGGGGAGUUAUCACCAGGAACAGAUUGAAAAAGCUUUGCCGCAAUAUGAUUUAUAUGGAGUCCUUGGAGGACUCAUAUGAUCUUUUAAACGAGUACGUUGAUAUUGUUUUAAGGAAAAUGGAUGUUGACCGUGAUGGAAUCAUCUCCUAUAGGGAUUAUGAAAGUAUUGUGACAAGAAACCCAAGGUUACUUGAAUUCGCUGGUCGAGUAAUGCCAGAUAUAACAAGAUUGUAUGAAACUAUUGGUGAUAUGAAACAGACAAGCAUAACAUAAUUUAUUUGAACGUCAUUUAGUCAUAGUUUAAUACACAUUGUUAAUAGUAAAUUAUAUUUUCGAUAAUUUUA